AAUGGCUUGUCAAGUAUAGCAUCAACAGCACAAACAUGUUCUUUAUGUGUUGAUUCAGCAGACCCAGCUUGGAAGCAUUGCACAUUGCCAGAUCCAAGGAAGAAACAUUCACUAAGGUGCAACUAUUGUGGUAAGAUUUGCAGUGGUGGAAUUACUCAUAUCAAGUAUCACCUUGGAAAAGUGCCAAAGUCCAAUGUGGUUAAGUGCGACAAAGUUCCAUCUGAUGUCAAGGAAGAGAUGGUUAAGUUGUUGACAAAGAGUAUUGAAGCCAAGAAAAGGAAGGCUAAGAAAGUGGAGGUAGAUAGAGCUGUAGUGGACUUGAGUCAUUCAGAGGGAGAAGAAGCAAGUGAUGAUGGUGGCAGUGCCAUUGUGCUAAAGUCAGUGAGAAGUUCUUCAAGUGGCCCUAUAGACAAGUUUUACAAACUUACACCAGAAGAAAUUGUAAGAGAAAGGAAGGGCAAGGGGCUUGCUGAGAAGGUCCAAUCCAAGCUAUCAACUGAGAAAAGAGAAGAAAAGAGGGAUGUACAUCUGCCAAUUUUUCUAUGAAGCAGGCAUUCCACACAACACAGUCCUGCUUCCUAGCUUUUCCCUUAUGCUUGAAGCAAUUGGAGACUAUGGUAGAAAUUGGAAUGGGCCUAGUCCUUUUGAGAUGAGUGGGAAAUUCCUACAUAAAAGGAAGAAGAGGGUGCUGGAUGGAUUCAAAGCACACAAGGAUUCUUGGGAGCUUAAUGGUUGCACUGUCAUGACAGAUGCUUGGACAGACAAGAGAAGUAGGGGGGUCAUGAAUUUGGUAGUUCACAGUACAUAUGGAGUCUGUUUUCUUAGUUCCAUUGACUGCUCAGCUGCAAGGAAAGAUGGGAAGUAAAUCUUUGAAUUAGUUGACAAUUGUAUAGAAGACAUUUGGGAGCAAAAUGUUGUUCAAGUGGUGACAGACAAUGCAAGAGUGAAUGAAACAACAGCUACUUUAUUGAAAGCAAAAAGGCCCUCCAUAUUUUGGAAUGGUUGUGCAGCUCAUUGCAUUGAUCUAAUGCUGGAGGACAUUGGAAAGCUCCCAUCAAUUGAGCACACAAUAACAGAAGCAAAGACUUUGAUUGUGUUUCUUUAUGCGCAUACAUGGGUGUUGGACCUGAUGAGGAAGUUCAUUGGUAAAGACUUGGUUAGAAGUGGUGUUACUAGGUUUGCUACUGCAUAUUUGAACUUGAAGAGCUUGCUGGACAACAAGAAACAACUGAUGAGGCUCUUCAGGUUAGAUGAUCUAAAUGAAAUGGGAUAUCUAGACAAGGCCAAGGGGAAGAAAGCUAGCAAAAUUGCCCGCUCUGAAACUUUUUGGAAAGGAGUUAAUAGUGCUGUCAAUUUCUUUGAGCCUUUGGCUAUUGUGCUAAGGAGAAUGGAUAGUGAUGUACCAGCUAUGGGGUUCUUAUAUGGUUGUUUGUUAGAAGCAAAGAAUGAAAUCUCAGCAAGGUUUGAUAAUGAUUUGAGCAAGGUUCAGCAAAUCUUUGAGAUAAUUGACAAAAGAUGGAACAACAAGUUGAAGACACCGCUACAUAGGGCUGGUUACUACUUGAACCCACAUUAUUAUUAUCCAAACAAGGUGGAUAUUGAGCUGGAUGAAUCAUUUAGAGAAUGUUUAAUAACUUGCAUUACAAAGAUGGUUGAUAAUGUAGAAGUUCAAGACCAAAUCAUUCAAGAGCUUCAGCAAUAUCAGGAUGGGGAUGGGACAUUUGGAAAGGAGAUUGCCAAAAGGCAAUUGAAAAACAAGCAUUUUGAUCCAGCUAAAUGGUGGCUGAACCAUGGAACAAAUACACCAAGACUCAGGAAAUUGGCUGCAAGGAUUUUGAGUUUGACAUGCAGUUCCUCAGCUUGUGAAAGAAAUUGGAGCACAUAUGAGCAAGUCCACACAAAGAGACACAAGAAGCUUCAACAUGCAAGGAUGAAAGACCUUAUCUUCGUCAAGUUCAACUCUAAACUCAAGCAAAAAAGAGAAACUAAGAACAGAGACCCUAUUGAGAAAACAAUAUCUAAUAUUUUAGAAGAUGAAGAUAAUGAAUGGAUCACUGGGAGUAGACCAAAUGCAAACUCAGAACAAGAGCAAGAACGUUCAUGUGCUCAAGGUCAAGGUGCAUCAUCAUCACAGGGAGCUGCAGCAGCAAUACAACCAAAAAGGAGAGGUGUACAGCUCGAGCAACAAGGCAAUAGGAAGAGAAAGAAGCUAAUCCCUGUUCUUGAAGAAGUGCAGACUUCCUCUUCUGAGUCAGAAAAUGUUGACCUUGAUCUGCCUUCCUCUCCAGCUGCUUCAGAUGAUGAUGAUGAUAAUUCUCAUUCUGCCUCUUUCAACUUGUCUGAUUGAAUGAAGAAUUUGAAUCUAUGAUGUCUCAAUGUCUGAGUGAAGUGUGAUCUUGAUUCUUGAACUAUGAAAGUCUAAACUCCAAAUUGUUGAGCUAUGCACUUGUUUGUUUUACUUAUUUUUUAUUUGGUUAUGUCUCUAGAGUAAAAUGUACUAAACUUGAUACUUGUCUGACAGUCUGAGUGAAGUGUGUAUUGUUUUAGUAACUAAAAUAUUAAUAUUUGUCA